AUGUUGGGUGGUCUCUAUCUUCGCAGCGGCCCGUUUUUCAAGAAAGCCUUCACAAAACCACAGUAUUGGCCUACUUAUGGCGUAUACGGUGCGACGGCCUUUUUGCUGGCGAUUUACAUUUGCGAUUGGAAAGCCGUUGGACAAUACGUUCCUUUGUGGAACAAGCGUUAUAUUAGCGAUGGAUUGAAACAAGUGAACGACUCUUUCUAUUCAUCUCAGCCACCAGCCGCGCAA